UCUGGUUCGAGUCACAGCCACUGGCACUUUUCGGUAGUCUAUUUUAGACUCUGCUUCUUCAGGCUUCACUCUGAAACAAUCUCUCUCUCAUGUCACUGUUAAGCCUUCGAUAUUUGUCUCUCUCCAUCAAAAAUCUAGAUUGAUCGUGAUGAUGAGGGUGAAUUGGAGAGCAUUUUUUCUUUUUGGUAAUUGAAUGGAUUAAAGUAGUGUUCUGCUGCAAUUGUAAUAUAUACAUAUUUUUCAAAAGAUAUUUCCUCAAUGGGAGGAGCUUGUUCUAGGAAGAGAGACCAAUUGAACCGUGAAGAUAAUUUACAUAGAGGGGCUUGUGGAAGAAAUCAUAAAAGCGGGAGUUCCAAGUGGUUGGUGACCUCGUUUUCUAGGCCUCAGCUGGAAAUCCAGCAAGGACAGGGCAAAUGUCUGUCUCUUAUGGAGUUAUGUGCUCAUAAAAUUCGCGAGGACAUAGACAAAUAUGAUACCUUUUCUAAGCUCCCAAGGGAUAUCAGUCAGCAAAUCUUCAAUGAACUGGUAUAUUCCCAAUGUCUAACUGAUAUUAAUCUUGAAGCUUUUCGAGACUGUGCUCUCCAGGAUCUUUACCUGGGAGACUAUCCUGGUGUAAAUGACAAGUGGAUGGAUGUCAUCGCUUCUCAGGGUUCAUCUUUACUUUGUGUGGAUCUUUCUGGUUCUGAUGUCUCGGAUUCUGGGUUGAUUCAUCUCAAAAAUUGCACAAACCUGCAAUCCUUAAAUUUUAAUGACUGUAACCAGAUUUCAGAUCGUGGGCUUGAGCACAUCUCUGAUCUCUCAAACCUUACAAGUUUGAGUUUUAGAAGAAACAAUGCAAUUACUGCUAAAGGGAUGAGUGCCUUUGCUGGGUUGAUUAACUUAUCAAAGUUGGACCUGGAAAGAUGUAAUGGAAUUCAUGGCAGUCUUGGUCACCUUAAAGUUUUGACAAAGCUGGAGUCUCUUAAUAUUAAAUGGUGUAAUUGCAUCACGGAUUCUGAUAUGAAGCCUCUCUCAGGUCUUAGGAACUUGAAAAGUUUACAAAUUUCCUGCAGCAAGGUUACUGACGUUGGUAUUGCAUACUUGAAAGGUCUGCAAAAACUUUCUCUAUUGAAUUUGGAAGGCUGUCCAGUGACGGGUGCAUGCUUAGACUCCCUUUCAGGUCUUGGGGCCCUGCUGUAUCUGAAUCUUAACAGAUGUCAACUGUCUGAUGAUGGAUGUGAGAAAUUUUCCAGGCUUGGGAGUUUAAAAGUGUUGAACCUGGGAUUCAAUGACAUAACCAAUGCAUGUUUGGUGCACCUGAAAGGAUUGACAAACUUGGAGAGCUUGAACUUGGAUUCCUGUGGAAUUGGUGAUGAUGGACUGGUUAAUUUGACAGGCCUUUAUCAUUUAAAAUUUUUGGAGUUGUCUGACACACAAGUUGGAAGCAAUGGACUUCGCCAUCUCUCUGGUUUGGCUAGUCUGGAGAGUAUAAAUCUUUCAUUCACUGGAGUUACAGAUGGUGGUUUAAGAAGAUUGUCUGGACUGUCAUCUCUUAAGUCACUUAAUCUUGAUACUCGGCAAAUUACAGAUACUGGGCUUGCUGCUCUCACAAGUUUAACUGGAUUGGCACAUCUGGAUCUUUUUGGAGCUCGUAUCACUGAUUCUGGAGCAGCACAUUUGCAAAACUUCAAGAACUUGCGCUCCUUGGAAAUAUGCGGUGGAGGAUUGACUGAUGCUGGUGUAAAGCAUAUCAAAGAUCUUACAUCGUUGUCUCUGCUAAAUUUGUCGCAAAACAGCAACUUGACAGAUAAAACCUUGGAGUUGAUUUCUGGGUUGACAGGGCUGGUCUCUUUAAAUGUUUCAAGUUCUCGAAUAACUAGUGCGGGGUUAAAGCAUCUGAAGCAAUUGAAGAAUUUAAAAUCACUAACCCUGGAGUCAUGCAAGGUUACUGCAAAUGACAUCAAGGAGCUUCAAGUAAGUGACCUCCCUAAUCUUGUAAGCUUUCGCCCGGAGUAAAUUGAGGAGCUUUAAUGAAAUGCUGUGUAAAUAUAGCAGAUGUUGGCAUUCAGAAGCAUCUAUUUUAUUGAAGAAUUGUAAAUAUAUAGCAAUAAGUAACAUGUACAGGCUCUUGAAUAAUUGACAUUGUGUAUGCAUGAUUUAUAUAUACUAGUUUGUCUGAUUUUGGUGACUUUAAUAUUAAUAUGAGUUUUUACA